UAUCUGUCCCUGGUGAUGAAUGAACAGGUCCAGGCUUAUCAUGGAAACUUUUUGGGAAAGCAUCUGUGGGACACCCAUGGUGCACAAACAGACAGACUGUCCACACCUGGAGUUCCAACCCCAGAUAUGAGGCUUCGUUCCUGGGAAUGGACUCACUGUCUCCUGCCUCUCCUGGUGCUCUUCUCGGUUCUACUGUCCCACACUACAGCAGAACAGCAUUCAGACAGAAAGAGAUACUACUAUAUUGCUGCUGUGAACAUAGACUGGGACUACACAUCUAAUGGACCACAGAGGUCUGGCCCCUCCUAUAGGAAAGCGGUGUACAGGGAGUAUGAGAAGGGAUUCAAGCAGGCCAAGACCCAUCCUUCCUGGCUAGGGCUCCUUGGGCCCACCAUCCGUGGUCAAGAGGGAGAGACCAUUGUGGUCAUGUUCAAGAACAUGGCGGAUUGUCCUUACAGCCUCCAUGCCCACGGGAUCGCUUACGGGAAGCAGUCAGAGGGCUCCCUGUACUUUGACAACACGUCUCAAUUUGAGAAGGAAGAUGAUGCGGUGCCCCCUGGAGGUGAACACACAUACUACUGGGAGGUGACAUCAGACAUUGUCCCCCGGGCCGCAGACCCUUCCUGUCUCACCUACACCUACCUCUCCCACUUUGACAUUGUCAAGGACUACAACUCAGGACUGAUCGGCACCCUGCUCAUCUGUAAAGCAGGUAGUCUUGACGUGUCUGGAGAACAGGUGUUGUUCCACCAGGAAUACGUCUUCCUCAUGGGAGUGUUGGAUGAGAGUAAGAGCUGGUAUAAGCCAAAGAUGGACAGUGCCACUGCCACCCAAAGCCACAUCAAACACACAAUCAAUGGAUACACCAACGGAUCAGUGCCAGGUCUGACUGUCUGCGCCCACACCUCUGUCAGCCUGCACCUGGUGGGCAUGAGUUCAGAGCCUGAGCUGUUCUCGGUGCACAUCAAUGGGCAGGUCCUGCAGCAGGCUGACCAUCGGGUCUCCUCGGUGGGCCUGAUCGCUGGCACUGCAACUAGCGCCAACAUGACCGCCGUCAACACGGGCCGCUGGCUCCUCUCCUCACACACCAGCAAGCAUCUGGAGGCUGGUAUGCAUGGCUUUGUCGAAGUGAGGAGCUGUGAGGGCUUUAACCCUCCCAAACGUAAGCUGACCAUCAAGCAGAAACGAGAGAGCCAGGAGUGGACCUAUUAUAUCGCAGCUGAGGAGGUUGUCUGGGACUACGCACCAAACAUGCCAGAAUACAUUGACGGAGACUUCAAGUUCAAGUAUCUGAAGCGAAGCCCAGAGCGUAUAGGCCAGAAAUAUAAGAAGGCAGUGUACACGCAGUACAAAGAUGCCAAGUUCACUGAGAGGGCCGAAAACAAACAGAGGAAGAUGGAGGUGGGCAUCAUUGGCCCUGUCAUCAGGGCGCAGAUCCAUGAUGUCAUCAAGAUUGUCUUUAAGAACAUGGCCACACGGCCGUACAGCAUCUACCCACACGGACUGACCAUCGACAAAGUAGCAGAGGGGGCCAACUACCCGGCAGGAGGUAACCAGACCCAUGGGGUUCAGCCUGGCGAGACGCAUACCUAUGUGUGGCAGGUGAUCGAAGAGGAUGAACCUUUGGCGGGCGACUCGCAAUGCCUGACCCGUAUGUACCACAGUGCAGUGAACACACCCCGAGACAUCGCCUCAGGCCUAGUUGGACCUCUGCUCAUCUGCAAGAGCCAGUCCCUCAACAAGAGGAAUGUGCAGCUGAAAUCAGACAAAGAACAGCACGCCAUGUUUACUGUUUUUGAUGAGAAUAAGAGCUGGUAUCUAGAUGACAACAUUGUAUCGUACAGUGAACCAGCAAAGGUCAAGAAAGAAGACCCAGAGUUUUAUAAAUCAAACGUUAUGCAUACGAUUAACGGUUACGUGUUCGAGAGUGGUCAGCUGCUGGGCUUCUGCAAUGGUGAGAUCGUGACGUGGCACGUGUCCAGUGUUGGAGAGCAGGACUACAUCCAGACUGCAACCUUCUACGGUCACACUUUCGAAUUGAACGAUCAGACGGAGGACUUCCUCAGCCUGUUCCCCAUGACUGGAGAGACCAUCACCAUGAACAUGGAUAACAUUGGUGUUUGGCUGCUGGCUUCCAUGAACUCCCACGAGACCACCAAGGGAAUGCGUGUGAAGUUCAGAGACGUGGAGUGCUUCCGAGACUACGUCUAUGAAUACGAAGACGAGACCAUGACGGCGACAGAGACGGAGCCGAAGGUCAGCGCUGACUUCUCCAUCUGGAAACCCAUGGACAUUAACGAGGCUAAAGAUAAGGAGAAGAAGGACGAGGUGAAAGAGAAAAAGAAGAUGGUGGAGAUUGAUGAAUAUACAGCGGGCUGGGCCGAUUUUCUGGAUCUUAGGUCAAUCAAGAAACAGACGAAUGAGACGGACGUGGAGAUGUUGGAUCUCUCUCCGUACGACUACGAUAGCGCUGAUGUGCCUGAUCCCGACGGAGACGCGAAUGCAAACCACACCUCAUCCUCUUACGAUGCACCUACAAACACGUCAUUGGCCGAGAGGGAGACGAUUGACGGAGGCAACUUUACGACAAAGGCUUCGUUGAACAAGAGCAUAAUUGAGAAUGCAACAGAAGCGCUGAACUUUACCACAGAUCAGUUACACUCAAAUCUUAACAGCUCCUCAAUGGCUGAGACUGAAUCAAUGAACAAAACAGCUCAUAACAACAGUUUAUCAUUUGUCGACAGCAACAACACUUCAGUAAGUACCAAUAGUACAGAAGUUACAGCAACCAAAGAUUCACCAGGUCCGUUCAACAAUAGCUCAGAGGCUGAGAGUGAGAGAGUGAUGCAGAUCAGAGGGGAUGUCUUCUCUUACUCUAUGCCUCUUCCCGACCCCUCUUCCAACACCACAGAAGAGAACAAGGGGAUUGACGCCAACGAUAUUGUACUCCUGGCCAGAGAGUCUACAACUGCUUCAUCCAAUGAAAACGGAACAGCUUCAAAUUCAUCUCCGAAUAUAACCAACCAAUCGGAGAGUGUGGUGAGUGCUGAAGUUGCAGAGUUCAUUUUUACCUUGGUGGAAGAACACAACAUGACCAACUUUGACCUUGAAAUUGAGGAUAGUGGUAACAUAACCGUGAACGGUUCAUUGGACACCAACACCACCACUGAGCAAGGAAAUGGUACCUAUUUCUCUGACGCCACGUCCACACCUGGCAACGUCAGCAGUGUGGUGCCACAAAAUGGCACACAACCAUCAGACAUUGAAACAUUCUCUGACAUAGUGCCCAAACAAAAUGGCACAGCAAACACUUCUGGUUUGAACCACUGGAAUUCAUCAGAGGAGACUAGUUCUGAGAGUGAAAAGAACGCCGCUGUGCCGGAUGCCGUUGUAGAGUUGUCCUCAGAAAGCUCAGAAUUCUCUAAUGAGACUACUGACGCUAAUCCUGCUGCGGCCAAUCUGUCACUGUCAACCAAUCAGCAGCCAAACAGCAGCUCGGAGGAGAUUCUAUCCCAGAGUUCUGAGAGCUCCAAGGAGGAAGUGGUAAUCUACCUGAGAAACAACAGGAGUGAGGUCAUCCGCACCAUCUCUGUUGACCCGCAGGGGGAGCACUGGGGCUAUGAGGGGACACACGGGAUGGUCCCAAUGGAGAUGCCAGAUCACAUGACGAAAUAUAUUGGAAACAAGCUCCCAGAGCCGCCAAAUACUCUGGAACCAAGCCCAACUCCGGAAAUGCGGAAACCCAACAUCAAGGUCGUCCACCGCAGACAAAGACCCCGUAAAGGCUAUGCCAUGAAAACCAAGAAGAAGAAGGAGUACAAGCCCCAGCCUCCGAGAGGCCGCAGUUUCUCCCCCAGGGGUUUCAAACCCCCUCCUAUCACCGGUCAAACCCCCAGAGGGACCCGACCCAUUUCCAGCGAGGAGGACUUCUCAAACAAAGCCAUUGUGAUUGGCGUGCCACGACCCGACUUCAGCGACUAUGAGAUUUAUGUCCAGAGUGACGGCAGUGAUGACCCGGAUGCUGUCCUAGACAUGGCAGCGGUUAACGCUAGAGAGGAGUAUGAGUACGUCGACUACAUUGACCCAUACAAAGAGAAGGAGGACAUGCACGACCUAACUCUGGAUGAGAAUGCAAAAUAUUUCCUCAAAAUGGCGGGUGAAAACGUGAGGACAUACUUCAUUACUGCGGAGGAGGUGCAGUGGGACUACGGGGGCUAUGGACAGAAGAGGAUGGAUAAGGCACAGAAAGCCGACAGGUCCACAAGAUUCACCAAGGUAGUGUUCCGAGGUUACCUGGACAGCACGUUCAGCACGCCAGACAUCCGGGGGGAGAUGGACGAACACCUGGGCAUCCUGGGGCCAGUCAUCAAGGCAGAGGUUGAACAGACCAUAAUGGUAUUUUUCAGGAACCUGGCCAGCCGCCCGUACUCCUUGCACGCCAAUGGGGUUUCCUACACCAAGCAGACAGAGGGGUUGUCAUACGAGGAUGAGUCCAAGUACUGGUACAAGUAUGACAAUGAAGUCCAGCCCAACACCACAUAUACAUACCUCUGGAAGGUCAACGCCAAUGUCGGGCCCACCGGAGACGAGUCAGACUGUCGCACCUGGGCCUACUACUCUGGGGUUAACCCUGAGAAAGAUAUAAACUCUGGUCUGAUUGGGCCAUUGCUGGUGUGUCGUAAGGGCACUCUGAGCACGAAGGCAGUGGACAUGAGGGAGUUCAUGCUCCUCUUCAUGACCUUCGAUGAGUCCAAGAGCUGGUACUACGAGAAGAACCAUGAGAUAAUGGAGAGGAAGAACAAACGAGCCAGGGUGAUGGACCAUGACUUCAGCGAUAACCUCAAAUUCAGCGCCAUCAACGGAAUCAUCUUCAGUCUGAAGGGUCUGAGGAUGUACACUAACCAGACGGUCCGCUGGCACCUCUUCAACAUGGGAUCUCCCAGAGACCUCCACAGUGUCCACUUCCACGGCCAGACCUUCAUCCACAAACAGACCAGGGACCACACCCAGGCUGUCUACCCACUGUUGCCUGGGGGCUUUGCAACUCUGGAGAUGUUGCCUUCCAAGCCGGGGCUGUGGCAGCUGGAGUCAGAGGUUGGACUCUCCCAACAGAGGGGGAUGCAGACCCUCUUCCUGGUUCUAGAUAAUAAGUGUUACCAUCCACUGGGUCUGAUUUCUGGGAGCAUCAAAGACAACCAGAUCACAGCGAACGACAAAAGAGGCUACUGGGAGCCCCAUCUGGCCAGACUGAACAACCAAGGCAAAUACAAUGCAUGGAGUACAGACAAGACAGGCAGCUGGAUACAGGUAGACUUUCAGAGGCCCGUGGUGAUCAGUCAGGUCGCGACACAGGGCGCCAAGCAGAUGUUCUCCUCCCACUACAUGGUCAACUACACCAUAUCCUACAGCACGGACAAGAGGAAGUGGAUCUACUACAAGGGAGACAGCAACGAGUUCAGGAUGACAUUCACUGGUAACGAGGAAGCUCAUCAGGUGAAGGUCAACACCCUCUUCCCUCCCCUGAUUGGUCGGUUUAUCAGACUUCACCCUCUCCACUCCCACAACUCGCCCAUGGUCCGCAUGGAGUACUACGGCUGUGAGCUGGACGGUUGCUCAGUGCCCCUGGGUAUGGAGAGCGGACGGAUAGAGGACCAUCGUAUCACUGCCAGCUCUACAGCCUCCAGCUGGUACUCUGGUUCCUGGCAAGCCUCACUGGCACGACUCAACACACAGGGCACCAUCAACGCAUGGCAAGCCAAGAAUAACAACAUGAACCAGUGGCUGCAGGUGGAGCUGGCCCAGGUAAAGAAGAUCACAGGUAUCAUAACGCAGGGGGCCAAGUCCCUGGGCACAGAGAUGUACGUCAUCUGCUACACUCUGGAGUACAGCGAUGAUGGACUACACUGGAUGAAGUACACUGACGAUGAUGACAACAUGUCAAAGACUUUCCCCGGCAACACGGAUAACAAUGGCCAUGUGAAGAACUACAUUUAUCCUCCAAUCUUCUCUCGCUUUAUCAGAGUCAUCCCUCAGAGCUGGAAGACCUCCAUCACACUCAGGAUAGAACUGCUGGGCUGUGACUUUGAAUGAGGGACACACACACACACACAUCCAAGAUGCACAAAUCACAUUUCUACUUUAAGAUCUUCAUGCACAUCCAAACGUCAGGUGCGCGCAGUAACUCAACCCAUCACAUAAAUGAUGAAUUGAUGUCAAAGGGAAAUUUGAGGGAAAUUCGAGGGAAGUAUGAGUCAUGUGCACGUUUCUCAGAUUGGGAUUCAGCUCUUCGCUCAUAUAGGAUACAGACAAUUAUACGGCUUCAUACAUAAGAAGGCGCCUAAAGCUUAGCAGAUAGAGCAAUAUGCAUUUUACUAUGUCGUCUUUAUACUUUGUACGUUGUAUCAUAAUUGAACAUGAAUGUAAUGUAAAUAAUGUAAGUAGUACUCAGAGUAUUUCAUUCGUUUUUGUCAAUAAAAAAUAUAUUAUUGCUCAUA